AUGGUCGCCGUGUCGAACAACGACCUUUCCUCUCUAGAGGCCACCCUUCUGAAUGUUCCGGGGAAUGUGCCCCUGCAUAGGCGCUUUCGUGCAUUAUUCACUCUAAAGGCGCUGAAGAACGCAGAUGCCAUCUGCAUCAUCUCAAAAGGCUUUGCCGAUCCGUCUGCCCUAUUGAAGCACGAGCUUGCAUACUGCCUAGGACAGAUCAAGGAUGUGGCCGCCUUGCCCACUCUCGAGGCUGUUCUGGCGAACGAGCACGAGGAUCCUAUGGUCCGACAUGAGGCCGCCGAAGCUAUGGGUGCCAUCUCUAACGAGGCAUCUCUCCCGAUUCUGCAAAAAUACACGACCGACCCGGAGCGGGCUGUGCGCGAGACAUGCGAGAUUGCGUUGGACAGGAUUCGGUGGGCAAAUUCUGACGAAGGCCGUGCCGCGGCAUCUUUGUCUACUGAAGAACCGCAAAUGUAUACCUCGAUUGACCCCGCACCCCCGACCUCAGGUCUGCUGGCAGGAACCCGGAAACCUUCUAGCACGAGCCUGGACGAGGUAUCGCGCUUACGCGAUGAACUAUUGGAUACCAAACGCCCAUUAUUCGAACGCUAUCGUGCAAUGUUUGCCCUGCGGAAUAUCGGCAACUCUGCGGCGGUCGACGCGCUUGCGGACGGCUUCGCAGACGAGAGUGCCCUAUUCAAGCAUGAAAUAGCCUUUGUCUUUGGCCAAUUGCUUUCGCCCCACUCCGUACCCGCACUUCUGCGAGUUCUUCAGGAUGGGCAGGAAAGCGAGAUGGUUCGUCACGAGGCGGCCGAGGCUCUUGGGGGGAUUGCAACACCGGAGGUACUCCCUCACCUCAAGGAGUGGAUGAUCAGGGAGGAUUCACCAGUGGUUGUGCGAGAGAGUUGUCAGGUCGCUCUCGACAUGUACGAGUACGAAAAUUCGGACCAGUUCCAAUAUGCGGAUGGUCUCGGCGCAGGCGCCCAACUUGUAGCUGCCGCUUGA